AUGUCCAAAAAACUUGUCCGAUCAUUCAACGCCCUCCCUCGAAAGCCUCUCUCUCCUUCCGGGCUAGUCUCAAACUCGUGGCACUUUGACAUCCGCUACGUCCACCUAGAGCCUACCCCCUCGCACAUCCUCUUCCUCAUUCAAGAUGCCUCCGAAUUCUCACACAUGGAGCGUCUCCCCAUUGGCCCUCCAACGCUCAGCAGCAGCGUCGAGUUCUUCCCUGAUACUCCAGAGGAAGCUGCACCAGAGGUUGCCAAGGCACUAAUUCACGCGUUCGUCAAUUGCUUUGGCGGCCAAGUACCCCAGGCAAUCGUUCCGUGGAAUCUGACGACGGAGGAUAAGAACCUUGCAGCUGCUGUCGGUGCCGAGUUCAAGAAAUUAGGAGUGGCUUAUGAGGCGCUACAUAGGGUUGGUGUGUCCACGAAGGGCGUUAAUGAUCGUACCCAAGAGGUGUUCCAUCGACUUUUUACGGCUUUGAAGAAAGCGACGGGCUUCGAGGAUCAUAUUGCAAUUUUCAUCUCGACGCCUACGUCUAUUAUCUUUCUACCACCCCCUGCUCAGAGUCCUCGCAGGGACCAGGAAGGCGAUUUCGAGCUGGCGUUGAAGUACGUGCAGGAAUUGCAGAGGUGUCGGCCACCUGUUGAACACGACAUCUCGGAUCCCAAGGAACAUGUUGAGAAACUCACGCUGGAGAUGGACAUUAUUCAGCGACUUAUUAAAGAAAAACCCGAACACAUCGUCAAAUCCGAAGCUGAUAAUGGCAAUCCAGAUUCAGCGUUAGAUUACGGAUUACGCCUCCAAUUCGGUUUCGGCGCCCCAAGGAACCGUGCCCAAUCCCGCAAAUACUUUUUCAAAGCUCUCCUCUCCCCAAGCGCCUCUGACAUCCUCAAAUCUACAAUCCACUCCCUCCUCAUCAUUUGGCACAUGGACUCCUCGGACACCAAACUUCGCUUGCGGCACCUCUAUGCAGCAGCGCACCACGCUAACCUAUCCACCUCCCUUUGUCGUUCCCUCCUCCCCUCCCCAAGCCCCAGUGCAUUGCCUGCAUCGCCAGCUGCGUUGUUCUUCAUGAAAACGACACUUGAGCCGCACUCGAAGAAUGCCCCGGAGGUAUGUCUCUUUUGGAAGGUGUGUUGGAAGGCUUGGGAGGAUAGGAAGAGGCAGGUGGAGGGUGAGAUGGGGAAGAUGGAUGAGAAGAGGAUGAGGAGGCCGAAUAGGUAUCGGUGUGCGGCUGUUGGAUGCGAGAUUGAGGCUGAUAAGGGACAGAUGUUGCUUCAAUGUUCAGGAAAAUGUGACUCUGACAAAAAACCAAGCUACUGUGGGAAAGAAUGUCAGCGCGCAGACUGGAAGAACCAUAAGCCAUUUUGUCGACCUGGCGCCGCGUGUUCUGUUAUUGACACCGGGACCUUCAGUCACGGGACGACGAAGCCGAAUGCUCUGCAGAUACCGAUUACGGUGCCGGGUGGGAAGACGGUGUUGGUGAGUUCGUCGACGAUGGAUGCGAAGGAGUUGAAGGAGCUUAAGGGGGGUGCAGAGGGCAUGUCGGGUGGAGGGCAGACAAGCAUGUCGAUGGUGAAUUCGUUGACGGUUGAGAUGGUCAAGUUGGAUGGUGGUGAUGAGGAGGAAGAAGAGAAGGAGACUGAAAUUGAUUAG